CCUAUUUGCCGACUGGCGCGCACACGGGGGUCCGUGAGCUAUUAAAAGGCACGAAGAGACCCGCUGUGCCAACAAUACUCUUCUGUACUGGAUUACUGGAGAUCUAAACCUGUUUUCAACGAACACUAGCAUGGAGUGACCCAUCACUAAAGCAUCAGGACCAGAAGCACUUCACUUUAUUUGUCAGUAUUUUGAACCUGCUUGGUGCGCGGGAAGUAACGUCCCAUACCCCGCUGCACUGUGUGACAGACACUGGUGAUCUUCAGCUCCGCUCUGUGUGUAAAAGGGCUGAUUUCAAGUCUCUGCCAGACUUCGCCAAGAGAUGUGGUUAUUGGAGAAGAUCCGCGGUUCGGUGGAGGGAAACGCUCCCCGGCAGGGUGACUCCGCCGACAAGCAGAGCAAAGCCCCCACCUACAGCAACGUCCUCACUCCUGACAAGAUUCCAGACUUCUUCAUUCCCCCAAAACUGGUGUGCUGCCCCCCAGAGGCAGAGACACCUGAGAUGAAGCCAAAAAACGGUCUCCACCCAUCCAUGUCUGAACAGACCAUUUGCUGCAAAAUGCCUCAGGCGGGUCAGCGCAGCCCGCGCCUCAUUACCAAACUUGCAGGAGACACGAAGAACUUGCUCAAAGCUGCAAACCGGCACAUCAUCCAGAUCGAGAGUGCAGAUGACCCGGUGGUCGGGGAAGUGGGCGAUCUCAGCACGAACGCCGACCCGCAGUCGCAGACGGCCAUGUCGCUGCCCUACGUCCCCAAAGCUCAGACCUCCUACGGUUUCGCCACGCUGAUGGAGAGCCCUCACACACGUCGCAAAGAGUCCCUCUUCCACAGCGACCCCACGAGUCCGCUCACUUCACCCAACACCCAACGCAAGUCUCAGGGGAACCACUUGAACCCCAGCAACUGCAACAUUUCCCAUUCCAACCCAUAUCGUUAUUUCAGCGGGGGAGAGAGCGACACAUGUUCCUCGGCCGAGUCCUCGCCCUUCAACUCGCCUCUUCUGUCCCGUUCCGCAUCCCUCCUGAAGAUGUUCACCCACGAAACCCAAGCCAAAGUGUCCCGUGCCAAGCGCUCCUUCGCCCGGCACAGUUCUCUGUCCACGGACGAGUGCAGCUCCGUGGAGACCAGCCCCAACAUUCAGCGACGAUUCCGUUGCCCUCCGUCGCCGGCGUUCCGAGGACGUAAAUCCGGAGGCAACAUGGACCGCUUCACGCAGCACACGGUGAACCUCCACAAAGGAGGAACCCUGCGCCUCUGCACGGACUACGACGCGGACGCGGCCAGGCUUCACGUCCGAGUGCUGGCCGCCGAGGAUCUUUAUGAUAAGCAGUUUGACAUAAAGAGCAUCAAUUGUUGCGUGGCUCUAUACCUGAACCCAGGAAAGCUUCAGAAACAGCGGAGCACGAUCAUCAAGAACAGCCGCAACCCCGUCUUCAACGAGGACUUCUUCUUUGACUCCCUUCCAGUAGCGCAGGUGAAGAACUUAGCCAUCAAGAUGAAAGUGGUAAACAAAGGUACCAGUCUGAGGAGAGACACCCUGCUCGGAGAGAGGGAGGUCCUGCUCAAGGAGCUUCUGUCUGGGAUGUAGAGGUCUGGCCUUGUCCAUCGAAACAACACGGGACGGACCCACAGAUGCACUCUUUUCCUGAUUCCCUGAUUUGAAGCUGUCCAAGUGUUUGGAUUUUUUAUAGGUGACCUGCAAAAUCCUCCAAUGUACCGUGUGCACCUGAUGUGUUUACGAGUGUGGAGAAUGUACGAGUGAUGCUUUGAGGUCCUUUGUAAAUACAGAUUGUGAGCGUUUGUGUUUUCUCUGCGACAAAGGCUUCUGCCGUCUCCUUUGGGUCUCGCCGCAGGAGAUACAAACAGAUUUAAAAACAGCUGCCUUUCCACACAGCAGCACCAAAUUAUUCUCUAAAGUCACGUAAGGCCAGACGCCUGGUGCCAAUUCUUCAUCCGCUGUAGGAGCCUUUUAAUUAGCAAAAACCUUACGUCUCUAUACAGCAAUUCCACUAUUUAUUGUGUCAUUUCUUUCAAUCUUACUUUCAAUCUGGACUGAUUUCUGAAUAUCUGAUCUGUGCCGUUUUUAUUGUCAAACACCUUUCAGCCUUACGGAAUGACAAGCACUUCCGAAUUUUAGUGAGAGUGGGAUGAAUGUAUGGCAUGAAAAUGAAUGACGUAAGUAAGAGACUUGCUUAAACCUGUGUUCUACUAAUCACCGUUCCCAAUAUCAAGUGGAUCAAGUUGAGUAUUUAAGAAGAUUAGAUGUGUUUUUGGUCAACAUUGUAUCUAAUUACAACAAACACAACAAACAAGAACCGAAAUGUACAGCACCAAUGAGCUACCAUGCUUAUUUGGACAUGCUACAUAAUAUGUAAUGCUACAUUUCUACAAGAUGUACUAUGGUAAUACCAUGGUAUUAUUUAAAGUAUAUCGGAGUACGGUAUACUAUGUGAAUAUGUCACACAAUAUCACCAUCUGCACCCUGGUAUUCUUCUGAUUACUGUGUUAUUUAGGGAUGCACCGAUACCAUUUUUUAAAGACCGAGUACGAGUACCAAUAUUUUUUUCUGGUACUAGCGUCAUAGUUACAAACAACGCCACCUCAAACACAUUAUGAAAAAAUAAACAAUUUUAUGUGCUUUUCACAAACUUUCAAAGCAAAUUUCACAACAAAUUUCUGUCAGUUCUGUCACAUGAGGUAUCGAUCUUUGGUAUCGGUGCAUUUUUAUGAGUACGAGUACAUGAGCUUAGUAUCGGGCCCGAUACCGAUACUGGUAUCGGUGCAUCCCUUGUGUUAUUAAUAGCAUGGUAAAUGAAUGUGGAUUAUCAUUCAUACUCAAAAGCAGAGCUUGUGUGUUUUUGUAUCUAAAUGAUGUUUGCAUCACACUCAUUUCCGCUUCACUCUCAGGAAACAUUGCAUCGGUGUGCGUGCACUUUGUUGAGUUUUUAAUAUGCCGUUCAAAACUUGUUUGGAUUGUUCUUCUAUUGAAUGUUUUGGCAUGCACAUUGUGAAUUUGUGCCUAGAUGUUUAGGAGCAGAUGCAUGGCAAAAUGUACAAGCCCUCAUAUUUGAAUUUGCUGUGUAUUGUUAUAAGAUGGUGAACAUGUGAGAUAUAAGAUUACAUCUUUCCUCACAUCUUCCUCCUGUGUUGGAUCAACAUCACUGUUUUGUACAAAGAACUUGAAUGUCCCUGGCGAUUAAAGUUGAUUAAAAAAAUGUGAACAUUAAAAUCACCCUUUUUAUUAUGUAAAUGAAUGAAACGUCAUGAUGGCGAUUUAUCUUUGACCUGUAAGGAUUGUCCAGGUAAAGGAAUAGUUCAGCCAAAAAUGAAAAUUCUGUCACCGUUUACUCACCCUCAAGUUGUUCCUGACCUGUAUAAAUUACUUUGUUCUGGUGAACACGAAGAAUGUUUGCAAUUUUCAUUUCCGGGACACCCUUCACUACCAUAGUAGAAAAAAUAUUGUAUCUUUUUUUGUUCUGUUAAACACAAAAUUAUGAUAUUUUGAAGAAUUUAAGAAAACAGUUCUGGGCACCUUUGUCUAUCAUUUAAAGUUUUCCUACUAUGAUAGUCAAUGAUGUCCCAGAACUGAAAAUUGCAAACAUUCUUCGAACUAUCCCUUUAAAUCACUCUUCAGCGGCACCCGCUGCAUUACGGCCUUCGGACCAAGGCAACAGAACAUCACAUCUCAUGUCAUUUCAUUUGAUAAAACGUUCACACAUCCUUUAAGGUGAAGUGUGUAAUUUCGGUGCCAUUUGCCGCGCCAAAUGUAAUUGCGCAAUUACUACGUUUUAAAAUUUUUUGAAGCAUUCGAAUGGGCGAAACUCAGUAGCAUGAAAGCAGGCUUGUGCGAGUGCUUUCCAGGGUGGUAAAAUGCGGUUGCCAAGGUGCUUUUAGUGCAUUUUCAAGCAGACGCUACAGUGUCCUGAUUGGUUGUCAAGGAGUUGCCAGGUGGACCCAGAGCUCAUCCCCAAAUCAAAUAAUAUUCUGGUUUGUAGAUAUGGUUCGAGCUACAGUAUACUUAUCUUAGCGUACGUUAAGAUGCCAAACCGACAUUUCCCGCAAAUUAUACUUUAAUUUAUAAAUCUUUAUUAUGAGAUUUUGAAUCGUGGCAGGACACGGAGACAGCAUUUAACUUUUUUCGUAUUUUUUCAGAUUUUUGUAAAAAAAAAUUCAUCCCCCUAAAAAAAUAUUUCAGAUUGCAGCUCUAAUGUAUUGAAAGCACAGAGUUUAUACAGAAACUUAGUCUGCUAAUGCUUGACAAAUACAACAUGCUGCACAUGUCUUUUGUUCUGAUAAACACAGAGAAAGACUUUUGGAAGAAUGCUUGUAACCAAACAGUUUGGUUACUGACAUUCUUCCAAAUAUCUUCCUUUUUGUUCAUUAGAACAAAGAAAUUUAUACAGGUUUGGAAAAAGCUGAGAGUAAGUAAAUGAUGACAGAAUUUUCAUUUUCGGGGCUCACUGUCCCUUUAAAUGGCUAAAAAUUCAGACUUGUCAAGUUGAUAAAGCAUGCUGCACAUGUCUACAUGAUCUCUCUUACUGUUAAACAGUCUUUACCUUUAAAUGGAAGGAUUUACUCUCCUUUUUCUUUUCUGCUUUCAUUCGUUUUUAUUGGGUAUUUUCUGCUCUGUUUUCAUCUUUCCUGCUGCAUUGAAAGUGUUGUCAUGUCACUCUGACCAAUCUGAGAACAUUAAAGCAAAAAAGAGAGUCACUUCAGCACGGUCAGUAAUUAUAUUCAGCAUAUGAAUUGCUUCAUGCCACUCAUUCGUAGUGUACUUCCCCGUGCGUUGAUUCAUUCAUUACAUUAUUUCCGUUUCUACUAUCAGCGCUCUUUAAAAUGGCCAAAUUGCAGGUGUAUUAGAUUUCCCGUCAGAGCCACUCAGAGAACAUUGUUUCCUUCCCACCGCCAUGAGCUUUUUUUGGAUUGGCAGAGAUUUCAAAUUAAAAGAGUAGAAAUGGAUUCCGGAAAAAAAUGAUUCAUUUCCAUAGCCGUCUUUCUGUAUGUGAGAUGAAAGUGUCUUGCACUCUCGUUCGGAUAAGUCGUGGUAAAUGAAGUGCCUAUCCACUGUACUUGAUUGCCGUUCCCUUCCCCGCUGUCAUCACCAGCCUCAGCGGUCCUAUGCAUGUGUACAUACACACGCCUCACCUGUGAUGUGACGUUUCCAAGCCGGAAAUUGAUGUACCUGAAUAGUGUAUCUCAAAGAUUCAGUGUUUCGUUGUUUUGGUUUGUUACUAUUCUGAGGACAGUUAUGGGUGUAGAUGCACGGUGAUGCCGUUUGUUUAACUCUUUCAAGUGAUUUAUUCUUUCUUUGUAUUCUAUGCUGCUUUUCUAAUCAUAUCCUAACUGGGUUGUACUAUUGCUUUGUCUAUUUCCUUACCUCGUUCAAUAAAAGUUGUGUAGUUGU